GCUUCACGGAUAGAACAGCAAAUUACCGCAGAUUACCUAGGUACUUGUGCUCGUAUAGGCGGCCGUGGUUGGUUAUAUAAAAGUAAAUUUGAACUUGCUGGGUACCAGUGAUCUGGAUUUUCUACCAAGAAGUGAAUUGAGUCAAAUCACAAACAGCAAGUGAUCCAGGAAGAGCACUAGAUCAAGCUGCAGGAAUGCUUCAUGAGCUUCUGCUGGCCCUGGAGGGCUGCCCAGGAAGCCUGUUUACGCUGAAGGAGGACGACUCUAUCCUGGUCGAUGGCUCCCUGCCAUUCUUCAACCCGAGCGAGCGCAGCCUGCUCAAUGAGCUCUGCUCUCUGGGCACCUGGUACCGACACGUGCGGACCUUCAUCGAGCGUCAGCAGGCGGCCGAUGAGAGUCCUGGCCAGUAUGUGCGCGCGCUGUGCGGCGCGCUCGACCAGGCCACCGCCGACUACGAGGCCUGCCUGCAGCGGCUCGAGGAGGAUCUGCUGGCCGACCCGGACCUGGGACUCGCCUACGUGUACCACGCCGUGCAGCCGCACGCCGGCCUGCUGCGCGCGCUGUCGCAGCUGCUGGCCGAGCUGACCCGUCUCGGCGCCACUGGCUGCCGGGUGCUGGACGUGCUGCAGCGGCACACGGCGGCGGCGGUGGGCGACGAGCGCCGCCACCUGCAGCGCGUGCUGCAGCGCUGUCACCGCGUGCUGCUGGCACAGCUGUCCGCCUGGCUGCUCUACGGGCUGCUCUCGGACGCCGGCGGCGAGUUCUUUCUGCGAGAGCGGAGUGUUAGCGAGACGGACGGCGCGGCGCUGGGCCGACUGGCGCGCGCCGCGGCCGCCGCCGAGCGCCAGCAGACGCCGCUGGUGGAGUUUGAACUCGACCCGGAGCUGCUGCCCUCCUAUCUCCCACUGAGGCUGUGUCAGAGCGUGCUGUUUGUCGGCAACUCGAUCCAGAUGUGCCGCCAGAGGGUGGAGCAGCGAGUCGAGGGGGCGGCCGGCGUGCCCCUCUCGGGUAUCGUUAGUGGACACGAGAGCCAGUUCGCUGCCGAGUUCGAGGCACUCUCCGCCGAGCCGACUCUGUCGCCGCUGCGCCUGGAGAGACUCGUCAAUCGCAUCAAGACGCUGGUCGCCAAGCAUCUGUGGAAGGUGAUUGUAGUGGAAGCCGGCCUCAGCCAGCACCUGAGUGUGAUGAAGGACUUCUUCCUCAUGGGGCGCGGAACGCUCUACCAAGAGCUGUUCAUCGAGUGCGACCCGCUGCUGCGUGCGCCGCCCAAGGCGCACAUUGAGACAGACAUUAACGAGGCGUUCGCGGUGGCGUGCGGACGGGUCGGCCUGGAGGACGACUCUGUGCUGGAGAGCCUGUACCUGACGCUGGCUCCGGGCCCCGAGGGCGCAUCGGGCUGGGACCGGCUGAGGAUCAACUACGCCGUCCGGUGGCCGUUGCACCUGCUGUACACGCCGACAGUGUUGGCCGGCUACAACGACAUCUUCAGCUUCCUGCUGCUGGUCAAACGGACCCAGCUGAUGCUGGAGCGACUGUGGGCCGACCAGAUGGACCAGAAGAGCGGCGGUGGUGCCGGCCGGAUGGCCACCCACCAGCUGCGUGCGCACAUGUCUUUUUUGGUCAACAACCUGCAGUACUACCUACACGUGGACGUGCUGGAGUCAGAGCACAGCCGACUUCAGGCAGCCGUCGCCGCUGCGGAGGACUACGAGCAGCUGCGGCACGCGCACGACUGUUUCCUGACGGCCGUCAGUAGCCAGUGUUUCCUGCAGUCGGCGCCGGUCAGCGAGUGUCUGCGUGACCUGCUGACUGCCUGCCAGGAGCUCUGUCUGGCCAUCCCCGAGGGCCGCGAGUUGGCGCCGCUCCAACAGCGGCUGCAGCUCAAGUCGCAGCUGCUCUUCAGAAUCCUGAGCAGCCUCAAGGACCAGCGGGCGGGCAGCCAUCUCUCCCGUCUCCUGCUGAGGAUAGACUUCAACCAGUUCGUCAGUCGCGGCAUCUAGUGUCAACUGGAUGUGAUCGCGCUGGAUUCCACGCCACGUUUUGAUUACGUCAGUGGUCCGUGAUAAUGUGAUAUGCGGCGGCCAAGAAUGACGGACAGUGGCGUAUCGCCAGAAGCGCUUCCUUGGCGGAGAGCUCAGAGCAGUGAUGCUUGUUGUCUGCACCAUGGCUGGCGUGAGAUCUUUCGCUCUUUUCCGUGAAGCCGGUACGUGAACCUUUGCCACAGUGUACAAGUAGUGCUGAUAGCAUGAGGUCAACCUCCUCUAACUUCGCUAAGCUAAUGAGGGACCUAAGAUGUAGUAAUGCUGCUGCUCAUAAUGCAUUCCGUGAUUGAUUUGUCAUGACAUGUAUGUGUACUCGCAUUGGUUGUGCUAAUAAUGUAACAUUUGUUUCUGCUAUC